AUUUCCUCCAUCACAAAAUCUGUAUAUCCACAACCAAAACCUGUUACAGGACAAAACACCCAAAUAGAUCAAAACUCUACAUAUCCACAAUAUCCAUUACUGAUUGGCAGUAGGAAAAUCCCAAACACCCAUUACAGAUUGGUGGAAAAAUCCCAAAAUCACAACACCCAUAACAGAUCAUCUGCAGUGGUAGAUCAGCAGAGUGCUGAUGGCCACCACUUGCCCGCCAGCAUUGACUGCCAAGCCUUUGCGCCUCAACAAACCCCAACAUUUGACCACCAAGUGGAUCAGAAAAAAAUGAACCCUCUGCACCGACGAUCACUGUGCCACCAUGCCACUUCACCACUGUGCCACCAUGCUAACGAUCCCAUGCCCCACAGUUGCUGCAGCAACUUCUGUUUUGUCUUAUGUGGAGCCCUCUUUGGUUCUUCCUUUUGUGGCAUCUCGAUUCCAUAUGGCCUUAGAGACGAUGACUGCCACCCACCAGCUGAAAAUUGCUGUAAUGUCAGUAGCAUUUGUUGGGCGUUCGCUAUUUCUCACCUCCCAAUCAACUUCAGUAGAAUCAGUUGAAAGUGGUGAUGAGUUCACUGAUCUUUUGAUGGUUUCAUUGUCCAAUGUAUUACUUGGAAUGGAUGCCAAUGAUCCUCCUAAAACCUUGGCAACCAUGCAACUAAUUGGCUCCAUUUUUUCCAAUCUGGCUUAUUUGGAUGAUAACAUAGACGAGUCUUCAUUCCUGCCUAUGAUUCGUUUUUCUGAAUGGCUUGAUGAAUUCUUAUGUCGCCUAUUUUCCUUGCUUCUGCACUUGGAACCCAGCAGUGUUACGAAUGAAGGCCUACAUUCGUCUGCAACAUCAGGAACUUUUCUCGUUGAGGAUGGUCCUUACUACUAUUGCAUGCUUGAAAUUUUGCUUGGGAGACUUUCAAAAUCCCUGUAUACUCAGGCUUUAAAAAAAGUUUGUAAGUUUGUGAAGACAAAUAUCCUUCCGGGGGCAAUUGCUGAGGUUGGACUGCUUUGUUGUGCAUGUGUGCAUUCAAACCCAGAAGAGGCAGUUACUCACCUUAUUGAGCCCAUUUUGUCCUCUGUUAUCUCCUCUUUAGAAGGAGUGCCAGUUACAGGAUUUGGAGGAAGAGGAACUUCUAAGUCCUCUGUUUCAAUAAAGGCAAAACCCACUCUUUCUCCUGCUCUUGAAACAUCAAUUGAUUAUCAAUUGAAAACACUAUCAGUUGCCAUCAGUUAUGGGGGUCCUGCUCUUCUCCGUUACAAGGAUCAGUGGAAAGGAAGCUAUUGUUUCUGCUUUUGAUUCUCCAUCUUGGAAGGUCAAUGGUGCUGGUGAUCUUCUCCAUUCCCUCCUUGGUAGCAUGAUUCUUUACUAUCCUAUUGAUCAGUACAAGUGCAUCUUCCGUCACCCUGUGGCUUCUGAACUAGAGGAAUGGAUCAGCACAAAAGAUUAUUCCAAUAAUGAACUGCCAAUAGGCCCUAAAUGGCAUAUUCCUAGUGACGAAGAAGUUUGUUAAUAAAUGGGGACACAUAUGCGGGAGAAUAUUUUGCGGACAAGAUGCAUGGGUUUGGGCUCUAUUCUUUUGCAAAUGGACAUUGAUAUGAAGGAGCCUGCAUGAGGGUAGAAGGCAAGGGCUUGGAAUGUACACAUUCAGAAAUGGUGAAACACAAGCUGGUCACUGGCAAAAUGGAAUUCUUCACAUUCCAAGCACACAGAACACCACCCAUCCUGUAUCUCCUGUUGCUGUUUAUCAUUCAAAAGUACUCAAUGCAGUGCAGGAAGCUCGGCGAGCAGCAGACAAAGCCUAUGAUGUAGCCAAGGUGGAUGAAAGGGUCAACAGGGCAGUUGCAGCAGCCAAUAGGGCAGCUAAUGCAGCUAGAGUAGCGGGAGUUAAGGCUGUCCAAAAACAAAUGCACCAUAAUAGUAACAACAAUGUUCCAAUUCCAAUUGUGUGACACUCCCAACUGCCGCUCUGGCUCUUUUAAUGUGCAAGACGGCAGCAUCAGGACAGUGGCUUAUGUUUGUUUUCUUCAACAAGUAGCUUUGUGUUUUUAUGCGGUCUCCUUGGCCCCUUGCCUUGAGGGGAUGAUUUGAUUUGUAGAGCCUCUUGAAAGCUGUGAGUAGUAGGGAAGAUUACUGAAGAGUGUGCAACGGUCAUCUAUACAGCUUGAAGAUUGUGUAUACAUAGAGAGGAGAUGGGGAGGGUGGAUGGUGAUGGCAUCCAUAUUUUUCAUUUUUGCUUUUCCA